CUAUGUCCCUGAUCUGAAACUGACUAAGGGAUACAAUUCAGUGGCCCUGGGACAAAGAUAAAGUGGGACUAUAUAAGAAUAAAGUGGAUCAGGAUCAAUGCUGUUUAGGGUGUCUUAGUGAAAAGAAACAUUAGAACCUAUAUAGCUAAAAUACUUUAUCCUCGAACAGAGGACAGUUUUUCAGCCUUCAUGGCCUUUCAGGACCUCCUAGAACAAGUUGGCGGCCUGGGUAAAUUUCAGAUUCUUCAGAUAGCUAUUUGUAUGCUCCUUAGUAUUAUAACAGGUAGUCAUAUAUUGUUGGAGAACUUCACUGGGAUCAUCCCUGAUCAUCGCUGCUGGGUCCACAUCCUUGACAACGACACUGUCUCCGCCAAUAACACUGGUGUCCUCACUCAAGAUGCCCUUCUGCGAAUCUCCAUCCCACUGGACUCAAACCUAAGGCCAGAGAAGUGUCGUCGCUUCAUCCACCCACAGUGGCAGCUUCUUCACCUGAACAAGACCUUUGCAAACAUGACUGAGCCAGACAGUGAGCCCUGUGUGAAUGGCUGGGUGUAUGAUCAAAGCACCUUCCUCUCCACCAUCGUGACUAAGUGGAACCUGGUAUGUGAAUCUCAGUCACUGAAUUCAAUGUCUAAAUUCCUGUUUAUGACUGGAAUGUUAGUGGGAAACAUUGUAUUUGGCUAUUUAACAGACAGAUUUGGGAGAAAGUCAAUUGUCUCUUAUUGCUCGCUGCAAAUGGCCAUCACUACCACCUAUGCUGCUUUUGCUCCCACAUUUGCUGUUUACUGCCUCAUGCGCUUCUUGGCUGGGACUUGUACCUCGACCAUCCUAACCAAUAGUAUGCUGCUCAUCAUGGAGUGGACAGCACAGAAAUUCCAAGGCUCGGGAGUGAUGCUAACAAGUGCUGCUUCUACUGCUGGAUGCAUACUUGUGCCAAGCUUUAGUUUUGCUUUUCAAAGCUGGCACACACUCCAGCUGGUAUUCUCUAUACCUCUCUUUUUCUUUUUUAUAUCCUCAAGGUGGUUGUCAGAGUCUGCUCGGUGGCUGAUUAUUACCAACAAACCUAAAGCAGCCCUAAAGGAACUUAGAAAAGCUGCACACAUUAAUGGAAGGAAGAAUGUUAGAGAUACCCUGACUAUAGAGGUUGUGAAAUCCACCAUGGGGGAGGAGCUGGAGGCAGCACAGAAAAAACCUUCUCUAUCUGACUUCUUCCAGUCACCCAACCUGUGUAAACGAGUGUGGCUCCUGUCCUUUGUGAGAUUUGCAGUAUGGCUGCCCUCUUUUGGCCUGAUUCUACACCUCUAUCAGCUGGGAGAUAACGUCUUCCUGUCGCCAAUUCUCAUUGGAAUUGUCAAUGUCCCAAGCAUUUAUGUUAGUUUUUGGACAAUGAAUCACUUGGGUCGUCGAAUAAGCCAACUGUUUCUCAUGUCUGUGUUGGGAAUCUUUAUUCUGGCAAUUGCAUUUGUGCCUCAAGGAAUGCAGACCCCACGUUUGAUUUUGACAGUUUUUGGAGCAGCAUUUUCUACUGCCUCUAUUACCACCUGUCUUACCCAUGCAACUGAACUACUCCCUACUGUAAGCAGGGCUAUGGCUUUAGGAAUCACUGGAAUUGCUGGGAGCAUUGGGUCAUCCCUGGCUCCUCUGUUGAUGAUCUUAGUGACAUAUUCUCCACCCUUGCCCUGGAUCAUCUAUGGUGUUUUCCCCAUCCUUUCUGGCCUUGUUGUCCUUCUUCUUCCUGAAACUAGGAAUCAGCAUCUGCCGGAUUCCAUCCAAGACAUAGAAAAUGAGAUACAAGGCUCAAGAAAAGCAAAACUGAAAGAUACCAUCAUCAAAGUGACACAGUUUUAAGAAAUUAAAAGGACUGAAGACUAAUCAGAAAGCAAAACAGCAAAUUUGAAUCAUCCCUAGAGUC